AUGGCCGCCACAUCAUCUGUCGAGGAGACUCUCACCGCCGCGAUCGCUCAGCUCGAGGCCGAGGCUACGCUCAAGAAGUCCAUCCGCGAGGCCAUCGAGCCGGUGGAGGACAUUGUUCGCCAGGCCACUGCCGAGCUCAACCGCCUCCACUCGUCGCCCGCAACGCAGCAUGAGGCGAUCGCCACUAAGGCGCUCGAAACCAUCGCCGGUGCCCACGCUCACUGGGUCAACAUCGCCGGACUCAUCCCCAAGGGCGAGUUCUAUCGUUACCAGUUCGCUGUCGCGCCCAUGUUUCGUAGCCUCGUGACGAGCAUCGCGCUCGCCCGCUUCGUGCUCCGGGACGAGCUCGUGCCCCAGUUCACCGCCGCUACGCUUAUGGGCCUCCAGGGCGAGACCGUCGGCGAGCUCGAGGUCACCUCUGACGAUUACCUCCAGGGCGUCAUUGGCAUGGUCAACGAGCUGCCCCGUCUGUCGGUCAACUCGGUCACAGCACAGAACUUUAAGCUGCCUGGCCGGAUAGCGCUCUUCGUCAACGACAUCUUUGCUAGCUACUCUAUGCUCAACCUCCGCAACGACCAGCUGCGCCGCAAGUUUGACUCGCUCAAGUAUGACCUGAAGCGGUGCGAGGACGUCGUGUACGACCUCACGCUGCGUGGCCUUGCUACCGCUCCUUCGGCUUAG